AUGAAAGACGUGAUAGACGUGGUAGAGAAAGCAAAGGAGCGGUACGAAAAGGACACAGCCGAAAAUACUGUCGUCUUGGGAUGGCUGGACAAGUUCUCUGGGACGAUCUUGUACUACAGCAACGUUUUGGAUUGUUUGGCCCAGCAUCAUCCGGAAUACCUGUGUUUGGCGUGGGGAUCUGUCAAAUUUGUCCUUCAGGGCAUCCUGAACUAUAGCGAGUUGGUUGUGGAGUUUGCGAAAGCUCUCGCCAGUAUUGGCGAAGCAUUACGGCAGACAAAGCUGAGCGCAGAGUUGUUUAAGACGGAUAACAUGCAAGGGGCGCUAACGCGUCUAUACGCUCAUAUUAUCCUGUUCUUGCAGCAGGCUGUGGAAUGGUACAACAAGGGACGUGCUGCGCGUGCCUUCUCGGCGGUCUUCAAGCCUUACAAGCUCAAGUAUCAGGACACGGUCGAGCAAAUCAGGCUCUGUGCAGGAACGGUCAACGAUAUCGCCAGUGCCGCCAGCCGAGCCGAAGUCCGGGAUAUCCACAUCAUUCUGCAAUUGAUGCGAGGAGAGAUAAAACGGAGGGAUGAAAAGCUGCAAACAAUGCAACUGGAGCUUAAAGAAAGACAAGCUAGAGUGGAGGAGUCGGUGUCAAAUGUGCUCCAAGUCGCGACCAGUCACAAGACCAUCACUGAAAGCAUUCAUCUCGAUGUACUCGACAUCAAGCCUCGGAUUUACGAGAUCGAAUUCUCUCAGAUAUUAUCGGUCCUCAAACCCAGGACGUGUCCCGACGAAAUGCUUUAUAAAGUGCUAUCCAUAUCCAGUCGAUCGCAGUCUCAAAUGAUGCAGCCCAAAGAACUUAUGAGUCUGCUAAACGCCCUCGGAAGUUGGAUAUCUGUCGAAGGGUCUUCGCUUUUCCUGGUGAAAGUUGGUCCUCGUGCUGGGGCCAAAGCAAAAGAGUUCGCCGCAGAUGUCAUCAAACUCCUCCGGGAAAGGUCCCUCCAUGUUGUCUGGAAUAUUUCCCCUCUAGUUCCCGGGAGCGGUCUCCCUUCUUUAGCAGAAGUGCUUCGAGGUCUAGUCUUUCAAUUGUUGAGACAGAACUCCACGCUUCUUCACAAUCAUCUUCAAGAACUAAACUUUGCGAAAUUUGCAGCAGACCAUACAGACGCAGAGUGGGAAGAUAUGCUGCAAAAAGUGUUCUCUAGGCUGUCGAAUUACUUUGUUGUUGUAGAAGCACAGGAUCUCUUCGCAGCAAAUAAAGAAGACGAAACGUGGGCAACGUCGUUCCUUCAGAUGUUCCAAGGGUUUGUAGAUCAUGUUGCAAAGACAGGCAAUUCGCUGAAGGUCCUGGUUGUGGGAUAUGAUACCACGUACUCCCUGCUCCGAGAUUCCGAAUGUAAGAAUCGAAUCUCUUCGGUUAUCCAGCGGCCUGCUGUCACACCGGUGCGCUCAAGGCGCCUUCGAAAUUGGACAAAGAGAAAUCAUGGCUGGCAGCGUCUACAGGCAAAGUUUUAA